GUCGAAAUGUCGGCGUACGUGACUCUGCAAGGGGAGUUUUACUGUUUAUAGAUGGGUGUCAGUCCGUACCUGAGCACAUUCGCUCUCUCGCUGCCGGUCUCGGCUCGGUGUGCGUGCGGGGGGUGUGUUGUGCGAGCGUGGCAGGAGGGGGCGGGGGUGAACAACGCUGGGAGUGGGACAGGGCUCUCGGUAGGCACCGCCGCAGUUCCUCUCUCGCUGCCUUACUCGGAUCAAAGAGGCUUCAUCCGAAACUCACUCACGUAUAAUUGCGUAGUAGAUCGGGAGAGCUGCAAGAAGCGACAGGGACCGGAGCGGAGACCUGGGCACCCUUUCCUGUCCAAACGCCCGCCUUUGGAGCCCUUCCAUCGAGCCCACCACUGAAGGAGAAACCUCGGGAGGAGGAACCGGGAUUUUCUAGGAACUACACUAUCUGCCUACCCCCUGCAUCUGUUCUGCGUUCUCUCUCCUGUCACCCCCGGCGGUGGAGGAGCUCAGAUUUCCGGACUGCAGCAGAAAGGGAAGAAAGUUGGGAGAUCUUACCGGUCCAGUCCAGUGGAAGUCAACGCAUCCCAGCCGAGUCAACCCCAACCCAACGAGAUCCAGGCGGUGUCAGCCCCACCUCAACCCAAAUCCUACAAGGUCCAGGCGGGGUCACCGCCCACCGACCCCCCCCCCCCCCGGACGCACAAGAAAACCUUUCCUUCGGAGGGACGGACGGAGUUGCACGGUCCCGGAGCAGAGGAUGACCCGGGGGAGGCUUCCCCUUUCUCCCGUGCACGGCGCCGGCGACUGCAGUCAGGACGCACCCCGAGGAGAUCUGUAGACACCGCGCACCUCCGUGGAUGGACCUGGAGUCGGUGCGGACGCUCACCUAGAACUGGGCGAGGGCCAGUCGAGACACCCGUGCCGAUUCUGCCCGACUCGUUCUUUCUGUCUGCCCCCUGGUCCGUGAAGUGAAGCCCUAGGGGUGAAGGACGGGGGGUGCAGAGCGGGGCUGGGGAAUGAACCCACCGCGCUGGGAUCGGGUGCCCGCUCCCUGCCGCUGCUCCUGAUCGGAGGGACAGCGGCUGCGGCGAGCCUCGUCUCUGCAUCUCCCCUCCCUCCUUCCUUCCUCCUCGCCUCCCGCAAGUUUGGAAGCCCCGCCGGCUUCACUGAGCUGCCGCCCGGGCCAUGGCUGCGGCUCUCGCCAGCUCUCUGAUCCGGCAGAAGCGGCAGGCGAGGGAGAACAACGCGGACCGGGUGUCGGCCGCCAAGCGACGGAGCAGCCCUAGCAAGGCCAAGAAGUCGCUGUGCGAGAGGCAUGGUCUCGGCGUCUUCUCCAAGGUCCGUUUCUGCAGCGGCAAGAAGAGGCCGGUCCGCAAAAGAACAGACCCCCAGCUGAAAGGUAUAGUGACGAGGUUGUUCAGUCAACAGGGCUUCUACCUACAGAUGCAGCCAGAUGGCACCAUCAAUGGGACAAAGGACGAGAACAGUAACUACACUCUGUUCAACCUGAUUCCCGUGGGUCUGCGGGUCGUGGCAAUACAAGGUGUGAAGUCUGGCCUCUAUGUGGCCAUGAAUGGCGAAGGUAUCCUCUACAACUCGGAGCUCUUCACUGCGGAGUGCAAGUUCAAAGAGUCCGUGUUUGAGAACUACUACGUCAUCUACUCUUCGACGCUGUACCGGCAGCAGGAGUCCGGCAGAGCCUGGUUCCUGGGCCUCAACAAAGAUGGGCAGGUGAUGAAGGGGAACCGCGUCAAGAAGACCAAGCCAUCUUCCCAUUUCCUUCCCAAGCCAAUCGAAGUCUGCAUGUACAGGGAGCCGUCGAUGCACGAGAUUGGGGAUAAAGCCGUGCGCUCGCGGAAAAGUUCAGGAACGCCGACCAUGAACGGAGGCAAAGUCGUCAACCAAGAGGAAUGCACAUAGCAGGAUCAGAGGGGGGCAGGGAAUCUGAACUCAACCACAGGCACAAUUUACAUCAUAUAAAAGCAAAACUGCAUUCUAUACAAUCCAGAAGGGAGGAUUUUUAUGAACACGUGAGUCCUCAACAUUAACUGAUGAAGCCAUUGCCUGAAAGAGAAUAAUUCAAUCAGGACUUAUUCCUUAUUGUUUCCUCAUGCAGAACUCUCCACCUUUGUGGGAAACUCAGCUACGAAACGUUAAAUAAAAAAAGAUCCUUAAAUUAUCCCACAAUUUGAAAUUAGAGAAAAAUAAAAGAUGUUAGAAACCAGAGGCAUUUCUUUUGCUUCUCAGCCGGUGAAAAUGUUGGACCUGAAGAUGGGAUUGUGCUUGGAAGCUGCCAUCCAGAUUCCAUUCUCACUCAACGAGUCGAGCCAAAGGGCAGCUAACUCUCUGUGUCCCAAAGGUCUUAGGUCACUUGGCCCAACUGUUCACAACCAGGCCAUCUUGUACACCCCUGCAUUAUCAGGAAAUUCAUGGACACUUGAAUCAGAAUCAGGUUUAAUAUCACUGACAUAUGCCAUGAAAUUUUUUUGUUGUCUAUUGGUCAACCCCCCCCCCCAAAAAAAAAAUUUGAUGUUUUGCAAAACUGGCUCAGUAGAAGGAUGUCCAACGCUUGUUGGGUUCAGGGCACCACUGUUUCUGCCUUGGUGAACGGUUGGCUAGUAGGAAGGACACAGUGCUUCAUGUGACUUUUCACACCUGAUGUUGCCACGUUUCAUCUCCGUCACCCACCACGGAAGCUCUCAGACCUUUCCUAAAUCCAAGCUCCUGACUUUUCCCUGAAGAGCAAAGCAGUCUCAUCUUUUCAGAGCAGGUUGGACCUGUGUGCACACCCGGACCGAAUGACCUCAAUCUGUGCCACAUAAUAACCACUUUUUAAUUCACCCAUUGAUCCAGCACCAAGUCCCUGAAUGCUUUUCCCUUUAUCAGCCAAUUGUUUAAUGGGGAGAAGGCGGGAGAAUGGGGUUGAAAGCAAUAAUAAAUCAGCCAUGAUGGAAUGGUGUGCAGACUCGAUGGGCUGAAUGGCCUGAUUCUGUUCCUUUGUCUUAUGGUCUUUGGUUUAGUCCUUCAUUCUUUUGAUUGAUUUGUUCUGCUACUUUAGGGUUUGUGAAAUUGCCAAUGAACAGACUUAAACAUGAACCUUAAGCCUACAAGAACACUUCUGGUAUUGUUGUUCGUUCAUGUACCAUAGUCCUGUAGAGUGUACUCCUGCCUCUCUUCCCACCUUCUUAUUCUGGCUUCUUCCUUCUUCCUCUCCAGUUCUGAUAAAUGGUCCUAGCCUGAAACAUUGUCUCCUUAUUCCUCUCCACAGAUGCUGUGGCUGACUUUUUGAGUUCCUCCAGAACUUAGCUUGUGUUACUCUAGAAUUCCAGCAUCUGCAGAAUCUCGUGUUUAGCAGAAGAGAUUCUACAGAUGCUGGAAAUCUUGAGGAAAACACACACACAAAAUGCUGAAGGAAUUCAGCAGGUCAGGCAGCAUUUGUGGAUGCAAGUCGACAUUACCAGCCAAAACCCUUCAUCAGGACUAGACAAGAAGAGCACAAAGGCCAGAAUAUGGUGGUGGAGUAGCAGGAGUACAAGCUGGCAGGUAAUAGGUGUGUCCAGGUGAGGAGGGAGGGGAGAUAAAGUAAGAAGCUGGGAGAUGAUAGGUCGAAGAGGUGAAGAAGGGCUGAAGAAGAAUGAAUCUGAUUGGAGAGGACAUUUGUCCAUGGGAGAAAGGGAAGGAGGAGGGGCACCAGAGGGAGGUGAUGGGCAGGUGAGGAGAAGAGAAGAGGUAAGAGGGGAGUCAAAAUGGGUCAUUGGUAAAUGAAAAGUGGGAGGGAGGGAAUACGACCGGAAGUUGGAGACGUGAAACCAGAUGCUGUCAGGUUGGAGUCCUGAGUCUGGUCUCAUCAUGGCUGUAGAGGAGGCCAUGGACUGACACUAGCAGACAGAGGGUCAAAUGUUUAUAUGCAUUAAUCGACGUUUUAAUUAUAUUCUUCAACUGUAAGCCCUUGUUUGAACUCAGCAGCCUUGUACAUGAUUAGAACAGCCCCACAUACUAAUUGUGGCGAUUGUGACCAUUCCACUCUAGCACUGUUAUUUUCUUACUAAAAUGGUACAACUACAGAUAGAUUAAUGGGAAUAUCAUCGUCUCUCAGUACAAAGAAUAAAAUCAGCCAGUGUUACAUAUGAAGUUUGAAGUAUGUUUGGAGUUUAGAAUGUAACUCAGGUCUGUAGAUGUUUAUAUGCACUCAGUAGCCACCUUAUUGGAAGCCUCCUGUACUUAAUAAAGUGGCCGCUGAGUGCAUGUUCAUGAUCUUCUGCUGCUGUAGCCCAUCCACUUCAAGGUUCAGUGUGUUAUGCAUUCAGAGAUGCUCUUCUGCACACCACUGUUGUAACGUGUGGUUAUUUGAGUUACUGUCACCUUCCUGUCAGCUUGAACCAGUCUGUCCAUUCUCCACUGACCUCACUCAUUAACAAGGUGUUUUCACCCACAGAACUGCCACUUUCCACGCCAUUCUCUGUAAACUCUAGAGACUGUUCUGUGUGAAAACCCCAGGAGGGUGCAGGACAACGUCAUACCUUCCCCAGAAGUCAUCCCAAUAACCCAGAUUUUAGGAGGCUCUGGAGAGGGUACAGAAGAGCUUUACCAGGAUGCAGCCCUGUGUUGGGCCCAGGAUAGACGCCCAAGAGCUUGAAGCUGACGAUUCUGCAGAUGCUGGAAAUCCCACAUGAAAUGCUGGAGGAGCUCAGCAAGUCAGGCAGCAUCUAUGGAGAGGAAUAAGGAGUUGACGUUUCGUCAGGACUCUAAAGGAAGGGGGCAUGACGGAUUAAGAAGGUGGGGGAGGGGAGGAGUACAAGCUGGCAGGUGGUAGGUGGAUGGGUGGCAGAGUGGGCGGGUGUUGAUUUGAGAAACUGGGAGGUAAUCAGAUAGAGAGGUAAAGGGCUAAAGAAGAAAAAAAUCUAAUCCUCCUACCAUCAUAACAGGAAUCGAUUUCCCGUUGUCCUUACCUACCACCUCAUGAGCUUCCACAUACAGCACAUCAUCCUCCAUAGCUUCUGUCAUCCCAGACAGGACCCUACCACUAAACAGAUUGACCCCUCCCCCCACCUCCACUUUCCUGAGGGAUUGCAGUCUCUGAGACUCACUUGUCUUCCCGGUGCUCACCCUGCAGGCGGGACAAGUGCCACCCCUGCCUCUUCUCCACCCUCGCCAGCACUCAGGACCCCAAAAAGUCCUUCCAGGUGAGGUGACACUUCACCUCUGAGUUUGCUGAGGUCAUUUAUUGUAUUUGCUGCUCCCGGUGUGGCCUCCAGUGAGAACUGACGCAGAUUAGUGAACCACUUCAUCAAACACCUUUGCUCUGCCUGCUGUGAAAGGUGGUGUGUGUGUGGUACAUGUUUGUGUGUGUGUGUGGUACGUGUUUGUGUGUGUGUGUGUGGUACGUGUUUGUGUGUGUGUGUGUGUGUGUGUGUGUGUGUGUGUGUGUGUGUGUGUGUGUGUGGUGCAUGUGUGUGUGUGUGUGUGUGUGGUAUGUGUUUGUGUGUGUGUGUGUGGUACGUGUUUGUGUGUGUGUGGUGCGUGUGUGUGGUGCACGUGAUUGUGUGUGUGUUAUGCACGUGUGUGGUGCGUAUGCAUGUGUGUGGUGCGCGUGUGUGUGUGUGAUGCACGUGUGAGUGUGUGUGGUGCACGUGUGAGUGUGUAUGGUGCACGUGUGAGAGCAAGAGAUAUUUCCACCAUGUAUGUGUGUGAGAGAAUGACUUCCACUGUGUGUGAGCAAGCGCAAGAGAGCGAGAGCAAGAGACAGACAUUGUGUCAAGUCAUUGGGUAUAUUUAUGGCAGAGGUUAAUAGUCUCCUGAUUAGUGAGGGCAUCAAAGAUUACAGGGAGAAGGCAGGAGAAUGGGGUUCAGAGGGAUAAUUCAUCAGCCAGAAUGGAUCAGAAGGGCCGAGUAGAUGGGCUGAAUGGUCUAAUUCCAUUCCUCUGCCUUCUGGUCUGACAGAGAUCAGCAGUUUCUGAGCUACUCAAACCACAAUCACUCCACAGUCAAAGUCACUUAGAUAUUUUUCCCCAUUCUGAUGUUUGGUCUGAACAACAACUGAACCUUUAGACUAUGUCGGCAUGCCUUUAGCCACUGAGUUGCUAAUUAGAUAUUUGCAUUAACGAGCAGGUGUACAGUUGUACCUCAUAAAGUGGACACUGACUGCAUAGUUUAACCAACGGAUAAUCCAAGGUCAGCCUUUAAUCAAAAAUAUUGAGUGAUUUAUGUAUAUCAAUAAAAGAUGCAUAGGACUGAGGUAGCUACUUUGUGCUUCAAGACGUUUGAGUACUUUAUAUAUAGUCUAAUACUUGCGAGUAUAUGUAGAAUAAUAGACAGCUGUAUUAAUUGAUGAUUCGGGAUUAAUGUGUUAGAUUUACAAUGAUAAAAGAUUCACAGAAUUGAUUUACUGGGUGGAAUUAGGAGGUUCAGGGUGUUGGGUAUGAGUAAUUUGCAAAACAGCGGCAAAUACUGAGCCACACGACAUGUAAUCUCUCAGUUUAGACUAAGCAAUAUCCCAAAGCAAGUUAUGUUCUGGAAGGUAAUUGAAGAGUAAAAGAUGGGCUUUAUAUAUAGAAUGCUAAGAUAGCAGCGUGUGUGGUGUUUAAACCAUCAAAUCCCUCUGGCAGCAUGUUUCAAGCUCUUUGUGUAUGUGUUAAUUUUAGUCUCCGUAAAUACCUGGUUGAGGAACAGAAUGAGUAAACAAUGGGGUUGAAAUAUUUCCAACCUUUUAAUCUUUAUGCACUAUAAAUAAAAGAACAAUAAAUGUAUAUUUUAUGAAACGCAGUGAGAAAUUACGUUAUUAAUGAUAAAAUUCAUACAGUGCCCAGCCAUUUAUUUCUGGUUGCUGCGUGGUUUUAUGAAGGUUGGCAUGAAAUUCAGGUUGUUUCCUCCAGGGUUAUCACAAUGAGUGGCGUGAAGUGUAGAAAUCAUGGGAUGGAUGAAGGAACAUUCUGAAAUCAUAAGAAAUAUAAGCUUCUGUAAACAGGCUUGAAAUACUCAGAAGGCCCACCCCUUGAGGCUGUUCUGCCGUUUGGAAAGAUUGCAGCUAAUUGCAUAAAACGUGUCCACUUUCCAGUCAAUCUGUACAACCACCAAUUUCUGAACAGGUUUACAAUCAUACUGCCGGAUUCAAGGGCCUGAGCUUUAAGGACAGGUUGGGGAGGCUGGGUAUUUAUUUUGGGGAGUGUAGGAGAAUGAGGGGGAAAUGUUUAACAUCAUUAGAGGCAUAGGUCAGGUUAAACACAAGAGAUUCUGCAGAUGUUGGAAAUGUAGAGUACACACACUAAAUGCUGGAGGAACUCAGCAGGUCAGGCAGCAUUAAUGGAGAGGAAUAAUCAUUCAGU